AUGACUUCUCCUUCGUCUAGCGAUGGAAGUCUCACACCACCUGUUGAGGAACCUGAGUUUGAGCUCCAUUUUGAAGCACGCGAGAGAUUCUUACUUCGACUUCAAUGGUACCAACCCUUGUCUGGGCUAUUGUCCUCGCAAUCACACGGGAUUCAAGAUGACUACGACUACGACUAUGACUAUGACUAUGAAGAUGAGGAUGAAGACGCAGAUAAAAAAGAUUCAACCAUCUCGUUCCUCAAAACUUUCUUCAAGUUCCUCCCUGUUCGGGGACAAGUCCACCUUGCCGACGACAUCAACCAUGAACACUGUCAGACCGACGCUCAGCUCCGAGACUUCGUCGAGUACAUCAAGACAGCCCUGCUUCGACCUCUCCUCGUCGUGGCAGAUCAAACACCCCGCGUCACGGCAACAUCACCCUCAUCUUCAGUGUCCCCCCUGGACCUCCAAAAAGCCAAGCGAGACGAACGUGAAAAACGCAAAGCACCGAAGAGAGAGCACUCCACCUCGUCUCAGCCUGGCCCGGUUCUCAAAUUCGGCUCAGCAACCCAUCAGGACAAAGACCUGCUCAGCACUAAGCAAGCCUGUUUGCAACGCGAUCAGCAUCGCUGUACGAUUACGCGGCAAUGGGGGCUCAGUGACACAAGUCAGUCUGAGCACGGCGGCAGUGUGUCUCUGGACGCAGUCCAUAUCAUCCCCUUUGGACUGGGCAAUUUCCGCGAGGAUGGCCGGCGACGAAAUGCACAGACGUGGAAAUGCUUGUAUCGGUAUUUUCCCAAUAUCGAGGGCUUUUUCCACCGUGAUGUUCCUUCCCCCGCACAUACCGAAGCUGAUCAUGCUGGUACCGCAUCGAUAGAGAAAAACAACCCUAUCCAGUCGGCCGAGUUCGACGUCAACCGUCUCGACAACCUCCUCACAAUCGACACCACCCUCCGCUGCGAAUUCAGCCGCUUCGCAUUCAUCCUUGAAGAAGAGUCCUCGUCUUCACCAUCCCGCCCACGCUACCAAGUCGUGAUUUUCCCAGAGCGAUUCACAAAAUGGACUUUUCUCGGCCGCAUGCCCAAGACUGUGACAUUUGAGGCCAACGACGCGAACCACUCGACGAGUUCCCGCCCGCACCCAUUCCCCAAUCGCGAGCUUCUCGCGGUGCAUGCGGCUCUGGGGAAUAUUCUGCAUGCGACGGGGGAGGGCGUGGCGAUUGAGGAGACGAUGGAGCUGUAUGAACGCGAGACCCUUCAUUAUCUUGCGCGGGACGGAAGCACGGAUAUUGGCGGGCGGUUGUCAUUUACGAAUCUUGCUGCGCUGGCGAAUCAGUUCGGGUGA